AUGCUUUCCUUAUUACUUAUUAUCAUUCCAUUAUUAAGUCAAUAUCAAGUAUUUUCCUCACCCGUUCUUCUUUGGAGCAAUUCAGAUCUUCCUCGAUCGACUGUACCUCUUUCAACAUAUGCUUCUCUUGAUGUCAUUUCAAACUAUAUUUGUAAAAUUAACAGUAAAAAAAUCCAAAUUAAUUUACUUUUUGUUGAACAACUGACUAAUGAAGAUAUUCAGAGAGGCUUACAAAGCAAACAUCCAAUUUUACUUGAUGCCAAAAACGAGAAAAGUCAAUUUCGUUAUUUUCCUAAUGUGGCUAAGGAUAUCUAUGAAACAUUGUCAUUAAUUCCUCGAUCAAAUAAUAUGCAUUGUUCACACAUUCAUUUUCAAAUCACAUCAUCAAAAAUAUAUGAAAAAUUACAUGAUGCUUUAAACGCAAUGCAAGCGUCAGUUGAUAGUGGAAAAAAUUCAAAUCAAGUUGUCGUCACGGCAUUAAUUGGUGAUUCAGUUGAUCAAAGUUUGAGUCGCCGACGUCGAGAUGUUGGCGUUAAUGAUGACAAUCUUAUAAUAUCUGAAAAUAGAACAUGUAUGUUUUAUGCCGAUAAAUUAUUUUGGGAACAGGCUAAUGAACAAGACUCUUCAGCUGGGAAUUUUACACUUGAUCUAGAUAGAAGUUCAUGUACACCAUAUGAAGUAGAAUCAUCAAAUGGAAAUAUAACUUCAGUCACUCUUGAUUUAUAUUGGAAUAAUGGAAUAAAUGAUACUGUUUCAAUGACUUUAAUUGCAAAUGUAACUGACCGUUAUUGGUAUUUAGACAAAGCAAUACUAAAUGAUUCUGAAUAUCGGUAUUUUGCUUAUGGUAUGCACAGUGAAAUGGAAACACCAUUAACUUAUUCAUAUGUAUGCAAAACUGCAGUAUUUGUUAAAUAUAAUUCUGCAAUAAAAUAUGGUUUAUACGAUUUUAAAAAUAAAUUCUUUAUCACAAAUAUACAAUUUCAACCAUUUAAUGCAAAUGGAGCAUAUUUUGGUUUACCAAAUUAUUGUACAUCAUUUUUUACGAGUGGCAUAUGGAUGGGUUUAACAUCAAGUUUACUUUGUUUAGGCAUAUUAUUAUUUGGUAUUCAUCGUAUGAUGAGUAUUAAAUCGAAUGAUCGAUUUGAUGAUCCAAAAGGAAAACCGUUAAUUAUCAAAGCACAAGAAUAA